AACAUGGAGACCAACGUCCAUGCCGCAGAAAAAGACUGUGUCAACGAUACUUCGUCGGUAAAGAAGAUGGCCAUACGCGCCUAUACACCCUUAGACAUUCAAUUCUACGAUAGUCCAUUACGCCUAGAGCAAUCCGCAUCUGCCCAGCCUACAUCUACAUCUACAUCAGAAUCAGCAUCCACACCCAGAGAUGCUCAUCCAUGCCGCAUAUACAUCGUCUCACACGCGCGCUCCCAACCAUCGCUCUCCACCAUGAUCCAUCGCGGUUUAUAGCCCAGCUUCCAAAAGGAAGUCUGUCUGCCCCCCAACCUAUGCGCUGCACUCCAUCACCGUAAAGAAGGCCCAGUUACGAACAACAUGCGCCCGCACAAUGCCCACGACGGCAGAGGGGAUGAGGUUGCCCUCACCACCACUGCCAGAAUCACCAACGUCAGAGAACGCGGCGGUGAGAUGGUGGUUUCCUUGAUGCAAAAUGUGAUCCAAAAAAAUAAAGCGACGUCAGGUUUUGACAGCGAGCAAGGGCUCGAUAUCACGAAUCGCGGCAGACGCGCGCUAACCGUCGAGCUACGCGAUCACCUAUCGCGAGAUUUUCUCCAGCGCUCAGCUUCAAAAAGGUAGUUUGGCUGCCGCUACCACUCUUAGCAUGCCCCACCGACAAUGACGGCGCGGUCGAGGAUACCAUUGGCAGAGUCGAAACCGCGCGCCCAACGUAGAGAGAGAGAACGUGAGUAAGAAUGACAGAAAGCGCACGACAC